CCAGGACCCUGCAUUCUCUAUACCUGGUCUCCCACAGUACACAGAACAUGGAAAUGCAAUUAUUUUAGUAAAUAUAAACUGCUAAACACCUUUUCUCAGCAACAGUUAGAGCAGUCUUAUGACUUCAGCAGAGCACUAGUUAAAGCUUGUAGGAGGAGCUUUCUUUCUGCUCUAGUAGUAUGCGAAACCCCUGACCCUCUGUCUGAACAGUGCUGAUUGGCCCUGUGCUGAUCACAUGCACCCUUCCCAAGGAAAAAAAACAAAACAAAACCUAUCUAGCAUUACACACCAAACUGAGCAUGUGCAUUGACUCCACACAAUAUGUCUUAUCAGGCGAUAAAAG